AUGAUCUAUCGAAUAUUGAAUAAUCUAUACCUUUCAUCAAUAAAAGAAAUCAAUGAUCAGGUAGACUUAAAGUCGGACUAUGAAUGGAAACAAAUAGAGGUGACAGACGAAGUAACAACUAAUAUGAUUCCUUAUUUUAAUGAAUGUUUUGAAUUUAUAGAGUUAGCAAAAGGAGGAAAAAUACUAAUACAUUGCUCUCAAGGAGUGUCGAGAUCGGUGACAGUCAUAGCAGCAUAUUUAAUGAAGAAGCAUCACUUAAAACUUCAAGAGGCACUUUAUGCUGUACGAAGAAAAUUCCCAGAAGCAGAACCAAAUCCAUCAUUUCUAAAACAAUUGAAAUUAUAUGAAGAUAUGAAUUAUGUUGAGAACAAACAGAAUCCCGCGUACAAAGCAUAUAUCACAGAAUUAUCGUUAAAACUAGAUCCACUGGGUCAAAAUUUAAGAGAAAUAACAAUUAAUGAUGGACUAGUGAAUUCAGAAGUAGCAAAUUCAAAGCCAAAGUUAUAUGAGUUACGAUGCAAAAGAUGUCGUAAAGCUUUAGCAUAUAACAACAAUAUUGAAGAGCAUGAAAUACCUGAUUCUAAUUCAAGGCAGUCACAAUUCAUCAAAACAGCUCCCAAUUCAAGAAGAAUCAUAUCUACUCAACAAGCUAGUAAUUCAUUUGGAAAGGGUCGAGAUGUUCUUGUGGAAAAUGGAUGGUACCGGCUAUACAUUUACAAGAUGCCAAAGUAG